CUAAGUGUUUGGGCGGAGGGUUGACGAAGAGAACAGGAUGGGAUCUUCGUGCUGUGUUAGAAACCUGACUCUGAUUGUCACUGUAUUGGUGGAGAUUUUAAUAAACGGCGUUUACUCAGGGUCAUCGCCUGUCAUAAUUACCGAUGACAACUGGAAAGACAUGCUAACCGGCGAGUGGAUGGUCGAAUUCAUGGCUCCGUGGUGUCCAGCAUGCAAGUCAUUUGAGACGACGUGGCAGAGUGUGGCCAGCUGGAGCAAGGACCUGGACAUGAAUGUGGGGGUGGUUGAUGUCACUGAGAAUCCAGUUUUGAGUGGUCGUUUCUUGGUCACUGCACUCCCAACCAUUUACCACAUAAAAGAUGGUGAGUUCCGUCAGUAUAGCGGACCUCGCGACGAGAGCUCAUUGGUCAGUUAUGUGGAUGAUAAAAGCUGGGAAAACAGUGAAACAGUGUCCUGGUGGUUCAACCCAGCUUCCAUACAUAUGGGAGGAGUUGGUCUUUUCUUUAAAGUGUCCAUGGUAGUUAGGGUAUUUUACAAUGUUAUGGUUCAAGACUACGGUAUUCCUGAAUGGGGCUGCUACAUAAUAUUUGCUAUUGUAACCAUAAUAGCAGGACUUUUGUUGGGAUUGUUGUUUGUGUGUUGCUGUGACUACCUGUUCCCUCCUCGUUAUGCCACAAUCCGGGAAAGUGACAACAGCGCGGACUCAGGACAGGAUGAUGAGUCCGAUAUAUUGGACGACACUAAAACAGGAGAUGGUGACGUUCGACGUCGACGUCCUCCCACUACAGACACAUCGGAGUGAUCUUAUUGGCUGCCUUAAUUACAUGACAUAGUUAUAUUGCUAACCUAAGCACCAAUGUUCAUAGCUCCAUUAGCAUUGUAUAUGACAUACAUGUGAAUGACUGUUGCUGUACCUAAGCUUUUCUUGUCUAAACCUCAUUCAGACCACUUUCUGUUCACAUGGAAAAUAUCCAUAUUUAAUGUUUUCCCAGUUGGGCUUCAGAGCCACAUGUAUGUGUAAUCAACUGUAAUCAACAGCAGUGACUGAGCAUAUUAUAUUCCAUGUUAGGAACAGCAGUUUUGAAAAAUACAAAUUUCUUCAUAAAAAUGUAAAGUAGGUUUUAUUUUUGGUUAAUACAUUUUGAUGUGUUGUGGUACCCUGUCUGAGAAAUAAAUUUUCUUUUAAAAUUGACCCCAAUAACCCAAAAUAUGUUGACCAUUGUUGAUAUGUAAACAUAAGGUGAGAUUUACCUGGUUGAACAACAUUUUAAUGGUCGUACACGUUAUUACUUUGUGCUUUUAAUUGUCCCCUUCUAAAGUUUGUUGAUUGAUCAACAGACAUAAUUUUAACCUGCCAAUAUGUACCACAUUAUACUUCCGGUUAAGGCACGUAAAUAUGUAUAUAUUGUAAUUGAAACCUUGUGAAUAUGCCUCACAUUUUAUGUUUUUUGUAACUUGUCACAUAAUUAUGAUGUCAACAUGUAUGCAACUAUUUUCAACCACUUGCCUGUUUUAACUCAUUUUUAUACUUGUAAACAGAAGGUUGUCUUUUGGGCAAACAAUAUAUUUAUCUAUUUAGACUGUUACUUGUUUUAAACAAUGAUCUUUGUACAUAUGUUAUCUUAAUCAACACAAGAAACUAUGUCACUCACACCAUGUUUUUCAUCUUUCCAAAACAGAUGGCUGAUGUAUUUCACUGACACUGCAUCAAGUAUAGGCUACUAUAAAUAAUGAAGUAUAAUAUGAUGUAAGGGAAUAAAUGCAUACAUUAUCAUUUGUUAUUUAUUUUUGGUAGGAUAUUUUUCUCUCGGUCAUUUAAAGGGUAAAAUGAUAAAAUAUUUCUUUUGUAUUUUGGUUUAGAAUUGCAUGUGACAGAAAGUUGAGCCUGUUUGGGGCAUGAAAGCACCGUGUGGUUUGUUUUUUGCUCUGUCUUUAUUUGGAAAUAGAUGAAUUAAUAAUCAGCAAAGGCAUAACUUAUCUUUUAUGGCACUUGGGAUAAAACUAGAUUUAGGCCACUAAAAUUUUCACUGAGUCAUUGUUUCUACAUGAUAAUCAUUGGAACAUUUCUUAAAAAAGGCUAUGUGCAUGCUUAAUGAGGUUUGUCAGGGCUGACAGUUGUCAUGAUGAAGAAAAGUCUGGUGAUCAGUAUGCAGAUUCAGUGAUUACAUUAGUCAGAUGAUAGAGAAACCACUUGUUUAUUUAGGAUACAAGUGAUUUAAUUUAAUAGAAAUCAUUAUUAAUAGAAAUAUUUGGUGUUAUCUGGAGGUGUCCAAAUCUACAUGAUAGUUUGAUGGGUUUUUGUACUACUACUUUUUGCAAUAAUCAGAUAGUUACAUGCAGGGUUUUUUUUUUAUCGACUUGGUAUUCUUGGCAAGCAAAUUUGUCAGACGCCAUAGACUUCGGAGCUGUCAAGAUGUAGUUAUAAGUAAUUAAUUGUUCAUAUAGAACCAGUUACCUUAGAUCUGCAGUCGAAUGACAUAUAGUUAAGAGAAAUCACAGUUUUGAGAUAUAGAAAUAGAAUCCUCUUCCUGUUUUUACUGUGGAUUUUUUGUGAAAGUUCAGUUAUGUUUAGUAUUAAGGGUUUAUAUUUAACCAGACAUGCUAAUUGGCAUUCAGUAUCUUAAUGAUUGGUUUUGCCGGUAAAAUGGCUUUGUUUAGCCUUUUUUCUUUGUUCAUCGUAUGUCUUGCUAUGCGUAUUUCCGGAACAAAUUUCCAGGGCUUGUGGCUUUUCAUGAAUAUUUAUAACAUAAGCACCGAAUUACACCAAUCAGUUAUGCCCGUGCUAUUGUAUGCAUGCCAUUUUUAGUCUAUGACGAAAGAUAGGUGUCUUUAAAACGACUGAUCAUCGCCUUCAAGUGUACUAAUUUCACAGACCUAUAGCUUUGAAUAAAUAUUUUAUAACAUAUCAUCUGGACAGUGACUUCGUUGCU